GGUCGCCUCGGGGCGGGGCUGCGCCGUGCGGACCCAUGUCGGCUGCGGCGCUGGGACUCCGGGGCCGGCUUCUCCCCGCGCUCCUUCGGUCGCCGCGGUUCGCUCCGGGCCGCUGCCGGAGCCUCUCAGCCAUGUCUGCAGAAUCUCAUUGGUUAACAACAGAAGAAAGGAACCAAGUUUUACAUGACCUCAAAGCCUCAGGAUGGUCAGAAUUAAAUGAAAGAGAUGCUAUAUAUAAAGAAUUCUGUUUCAAAAAUUUUAAUCAGGCUUUUGGAUUUAUGUCCCGAGUUGCACUACAAGCAGAAAAGAUGAAUCACCACCCUGAAUGGUUCAAUGUAUAUAACAAGGUCCAGAUAACUCUUAUUUCGCACGACUGCGGUGGAAUAACCAAGAGAGACGUAAAACUGGCUCAGUUUAUUGAUAAAGCUGCUGCUUCUGUUUAACAUCUUUUAAACUACAAGCAAAUCAUGCCAAAAUCUCGACUACAAAAUAUGUGGAAGGCAAUUUACAUGACCAAUUAACAGUGAAAUUUCUGAUUGACCUUAUACUGAGAUAAAGAUGUUUUACAGUAAGGUCUUAAAUAUUAAAAUGAUUUGAACUUUUGUCUGGAUCAGUUUCAGUCACACUUUUAAUAUACAGGUAAAUCAGCUAACUUCAGUAUGUAAUAAUGAAAAGUUAAAAUUGUUCUCUUGAAUAUCAGAAAUGAUUUUUGGAAUGUUCAAAUUACUGUAUCUGGAAAAUUGAGCAUUAAAAACUGAACCCAGAAGUUUGAUUUUUGCAACUACAUUUAUAUGCCAGAGAAUAUUAUAUAAAAUUUGAAAAGAUUUAUGAACUCUCUAAGUUAAGGGUAUUACUCUUAUAUCAUAAUUUUAAUAAAAUUGAAGAUCUACCUUGAAUGGAAAUAAUCCCCAUCUAAAUAACUAAUGAUAAAUAUCUUCUAUUAUCAUCACAUAAUUUACCUUCAUAUUUGAGAAUUGCUUUUAUUAGUCCAUUUAUUGAUGCUAUCACUGAGAUAACCUUUUAAAAAUAUCACUGUUAAGAAAAAUAAAAAAAUAAAAAUA